CCUCGACGUGCUCCCCUCGACCCACUAGCAGAGCCAGCCUCGAUACAUCCUCCCCUUCGGCGCCUACCUGUCUUCUCUGAUCUAGCGCGCGCCUCCCUACAUCGUCCCUCUGGCGUCAGCCGCCAUGGACGACUCACCCUUCCGUACCUACACACACUUCGACCUCGCGGCAGAGCUCGAUGGUCUGGACGCCGUGGCUCCGUCCUCGUACCGCAUCUCUUCCGAUGAGAUAGACGUCUCAACGCUCUCCACAGCCGAGCAAAAUGCUCUCCUAAACAACCUCAUCGAUCAGCUCGCUCUCACUAGGCCAGAGGAGCUACCUAGAGAACAGGACCUCUGGAAUAACCUGCGCACGGUGCUCAAGUACUUCGAGAACCUUGAGGACAAUGCCAGGAGUAAAGUCGCAGAUGGUAUCACCUCUGCCUUCUCGCAGCUAGUCGCAGCGAUCAAGAGAGAUGCAGAGCUCGUCAGCACAGGCCACCGGACUGGGACCAUGCUCGAUGACAGUGAUGACGAAGAUGGCUACACGCCCGAGGAACUACGGAAGAUGUAUUGCGAACCUCUUGAGAUGUGGGCGUUCCUGGUAAAUUGGUUGCUUGUCAUGGCAGAUCAUGUAGCCAACACGACGUCGGCGUCGGGGUCUGGCGCAGGCGCCGCUGCACCGAAGUCGAAAGGCAGAGGAAAGAAGGCAACGUCUGGAGGUGCAGGCGGUAGCUCGAGCUCCCCAUCAAGUUUCCCCUGGAGCACGAUUCUCCUCCCAUCGCUACUGCAAGUCACCUCGAACUUCCUUCAGGUGUUCCCUUCCAAUCUCUUCUAUCCCCUGCCGACGCCCCGCGAGAGCAUACUUUCUGCUUUUCUGCGACCCAGUCUCGCACUCCUCGAUCGCGAGUCCAACUUGAAAGCAAAUGCCGAUAUCAAGACGCACGUCUUCAGCAUCACAUGCUUGUCGGUCAAGCGUCAUGGUCAAGCCCAAACAGUCCAGCCAUUGCUGCUUCAGAUGCUGCAAUACCAUGACCAUCUGCCUGAGGCUGUUGCUCAGCUGCUCACGGUGCUUCGCCUCGAGUACGACUCUCCUCGACUUGCAGAAGAGCUACUGGUAGAGAUUGCAAACCGAGAGUUCUCCUCAGGCGGCGGCGGAUUGGCAAUGACGGCCAGCAUGGAGAAUAAAGUCCCCCGAUCUUUCGCUCGCUUCCUUGUCGCCUUCACAGAGACGAACCCACGGACCACUUUCAAGACAAUCCCUCUUCUCCAGAAGCUCAUCGACUCUGAAGCAUACCCUCUACGAAACGCUCUCGUCGAGAUCUUCUAUCUGCUCAUCAGAGAUUUAGUACUGACAGAUGACCAGUUGCCAAACACUGCCAGUCAAGGGGGAGGCCGUGAUGCCGAUGCGUCUGUAGCGCACGCAGAUGACGAGGCCCGAGAGACUUCGGAAGAGGUGCGCACGCGCCAGAUUGAAGGCUUCUGGAAGAUCCUGAUGGAACGCUUUCUGGACGUCAACUCCUAUGUCCGAGUCAAGGUCCUCAACAUCUGCACGAGACUGUGUGAUCUUCCCGCUAAGUUCCCUGCGCAGAGGACACGGCUGUUGUCCCUUACGCAAAGGGCGCUCAAGGACAAGUCAUCAUCUGCAAGGAAGGCAGCUAUCACCUUACUUGCGCGAUUGGUCCUGACUCACCCAUACGGCCUCAUGCACGGAGGAGAGCUUGAGGAGAGAGUGUGGAGGACUCGAGUAGAGGAGAUCCAAAAGAAGAUGCAGGAGCUUGGUGGCAGCAUAGAAUUGCCCGUUGAGGAAGAGGGGGAAGACCUCGAAGGAGAUGAGGAGGAGGAGGAGCAAGACGACGCUGAUGAGACAGAGGCUGCCGAUGCGACAGCAAAGCGACGACCUCGCAAGUCAGCAGGCCGCAAGUCCAUCACUGUUGAGCAGUUAUCCGCGCAACUCUCGCCUCAAGACCUUGAGAUGCUGAACCGUCUUCGCCUCACAUAUCGCUACUAUGCUGAUGCACUCUCGUUCAUCGAGUCUCUCUCCACUUCCAUGCCUACUCUGGAGGAGCUUCUCUUCUCCUCGAACAAGGGUGAAGCCUUGGAAGCUAUGGACUUCUUCCGCAUUGCUGCUGAGUACAAGCUUCCUGGCGCCGAGCAAGGCAUGCGAAGAAUGGUACACCUGGUCUGGAUGAAGGACAAUGUCAUGGUUGAGCCUACUGCAGGUGGAGUCACUGGAGCUGCUGGCGCUGAAGAGCGAGAUGGCGGCGCUAGUGGACCAAGCACCGCACCGAGAAGUAUCAAGGGGCGUCUAGUCGAAGUGUACACCAGCUUGUACUUCUCCCCUCUGGACCAUCUGAGCGAGAAGGAGAACAUCGGACUUAUUGCCCGCAAUCUGGUUCAGCGUACUCAAGGUGCCACCCUUGCCGAGCUCACCUCGCUAGAAGAGCUGAUCUCGACCAUGAGCGGGGAGAAGCUGAUCCCCCUCGAGGUGGUGGAUCGACUUUGGGCAGUCUAUGCCACUCCAGCUGGCAAGAAGAUUCAGAGGAGUCAACGAAGAGGUGCUAUCAUCAUCCUGAGUAUGCUUGCCGCAAGCCGUAGGCAGAUCGUUCAGGACAAGAUCGAUGUGCUCCUCGGCGUCGGCCUCGCACCAUUGGGCAAAGCCGACCCUGUCCUUGCAAAGUGGACUGCAGUUGCUCUCGGCAGAGUGGGCGGGUCCGCUAAGAAGGUCAAGGGUGCUCUCUCUGAUCAGCGUACCCGCUUUCCCAUGACCCAUCCCAUGUUCGCCAAGCUGCGGGCCGCUGUCCUAUCGGCUGGUCUCGCCGACGAAGCCGGCAAGGAAGACAAGAAGGGCGAAUGGUUUUCACUCGCAGAGAACUGUAUUCAGGUCAUAUACGAGCUCGGAGAGCAGCCUGACCGUCUGUGCGGUGACAUUGUCAAGUGGUUCAUGCUGCAAGUCUUCGGCGCAAAGGAAGGGGAGACGAGGGCGGGUCGAGCUUCUUCUCCAGGAGACGAAGAGAGCCAACAGCCCAACGUGAGCUCCUCUCACCCCGCUCUCGGCUCUUCGGCAUCGGCCUUCCUCCUCGCACAGAUGGUUUUCGUCGUUGGACACGUGGCUCUCAAGCAGAUCGUCUACCUCGAAUCCGUUGAAAGGGAGUACAAGCGCAGAAAGGCAUUGCAAGACACGAUUGCCAAGGGAGGGGACGAUGCACCCGCCGUAACAAACGGCGGGCGCGGCAAGAAGACAGGCAAAGCGGGAGCCAAAGGCAAAGGCGCGGGUACCGACAAGAAUGCCGCGGAGGAAGCCGAAGGAGACGAGCUGGAGCAAGUGGCGGGAAAUGUCGAAGACGAAGUCGGCGAGACGAUGGGCCAAGUCCGAGAGGAAGAGCUGCUUUACGGUGGCCGGUCCCUACUGGCUCUCUUUGGACCCUUUGUCGUGCACAUUGCGAGCAACCCAAAGAGCUACACUUCGGAUCACUUGCGACGGGCAGCCGUCCUGACCUUGUGCAAGUUCAUGUGCGUCUCUUCCAAGUUCUGCGAGCGCCAUCUCGCCCUUCUGCUGCACAUCCUCAGCACUUCUUCGGACCCAACCACCCGCUCCAACGUCGUCAUCGCUCUAGGAGACAUUGCUGUAUCCUUUGGCAACCUGGUUGAUGCCGACUCGGAUCGACUCUACGCUGGGCUGAACGACAAGGAUCUCGGGGUGAAGAAGCACACACUCAUGGUGCUGACCCACUUGAUCCUGAACGGUAUGAUCAAAGUCAAGGGUCAAUUGGGAGAGAUGGCCAAGUGUCUCGAGGACCCAGAGGCGCGUGUGUCCAACCUUGCCAAGCUCUUCUUCUCCGAGCUGGCGAUAAAGGAGAAUGCAGUCUACAACAACUUGCCAGACAUUAUCUCUCACCUGAGUAUUGGCAAGCAUGCUGUGGACGAAGAGACAUUCGAACGCACGAUGCGCUUCAUCUUUACCUUUAUAGACAAGGAGAAGCAAGCCGAAAACGUCAUUGAGAAGCUCUGUCAGCGAUUCAGGCUGACCACUGCGGAGAGACAAUGGAGGGACAUUGCCUUCUGUCUCUCCCUUUUGCCAUUCAAGUCAGAGCGAUCGAUGAAGAAGCUGAUUGAGGGUCUGCCGUUCUAUCAAGACAAAGUACGCGAUCCAGACGUGUACAAGCGCUUCGUCGAGAUCAUCCAGAAGGCGCGCGGCUCAAAGGUUGGUGGCGGCGGCAGUGGCGGCGCUGGUAAAGCUGGUGCAUCUUCAACGGGUGUAUCGGAGACUGAGCUGCAAGACUUUGAGGCUGCGCUGGAGGGAUUCCAUCUCAAGGGGUCAGAGGAAAUGGAGUUGGAGAGGGGCGGACAGGCAAAGGCUGCCAAAGCUCAGGCCAAUGCGGCGCGAGCUGCUACUGGUAGGGGACGCGGGAGGGGUGCAGCGAGGGGGGGUGCUGCUGGACGCGGUGGGGCAAGGGGAGGAGGUGCAGGAGGAAGAUCGCGAAGGGGAAGGAAAGCAGAGAGUAGCGAGGAAGAAGAGGAAGAAGAAGAAGAGGAGGAGAAGGAGGAGCCUGCAGCUGCGGAUGAAGACGACGAAGAGGAUGAGGCACCACGAGCUAAAGGAAGGUCUGCUGCUGCUACUAGUGGUGGUAGACGGGGCGCUGCUGCUGCUCCUGUCAAGGCUACGCGGACAGCUAGGGCAGGCGCUGGGCGGAGGAGAGCCAUUGUGGAGAGUAGCGACGAGGAGGAAGAAGCAGAUGGCGACGACUCCUUUUGAUGCUGCUGGUCCAUUCUUCUUGCGUCUUCUACCAUCGCACUCGCUCCUAUAUCUGUUGUCCUCUAUACCUCGUCUACUUGUUGUAAGAUCACUAGUACCACCUUCAUCAGAUCUGGGACCGCCGAAUCGUACGUAUCAAGUCGAUCGCGUCACGUCCCGGCAGUGCUUGCGGUACAUCAUUUGCCCGCAAAUAGGCUUCCACUGUCGAG